AUGCCCGCGCCGACCGCACUUCAACGAGCGCCGGAGCCCAUGGCAACGGAAGUGACGGCCCACGAUGCACCACAGACAGCAGUAGAAGAUGACCAGGUCCUCGUAAACGUCACCGCAGCGCCAGAUCAGGAAACAAGCGCCGUCGAAGAUGGCGACGUCGAAAUGGAAGAAGAGACGCCCGCCAAACCCGCCCUCUUUGCCCCCGAGAACCCUUCAAAAUCAAAGGGCAAAAUACGCUUCGAAGAACGCAAAGUCCGAGUCCCGCCUCACAGAUACUCUCCUCUCAAGGCAAAUUGGCCGAAAAUCUACCCACCUCUCGUUGAACAUCUCAAAUUGAUGGUACGGAUGAACACAGCAAAGAAGGCCGUCGAGCUGCGAACAUCAAAAGACACCACAGAUACGGGUGCGAUCCAGAAGGGAGCGGACUUCAUCCAGGCAUUCUGCCUCGGUUUCGAUCUCGACGACGCGAUCGCCCUGCUUCGUCUCGACGAUCUGUAUAUCCAGAGCUUUGAGGUGAAGGAUGUGAAAGAGCUGCAUGGAGAGCAUCUGAGUCGUGCGAUUGGACGUAUUGCAGGCAAGGAUGGCAAGACCAAGUUUGCGAUCGAGAAUGCGAGUCGGACGCGAAUCGUGUUGGCCGAUCAGAAGGUGCAUAUUCUUGGUGGAUUCAAGAACAUCCACAUUGCGAGGGAAGCGGUGGUCAGUCUCAUUCUGGGCAGUCCUCCAGGGAAGGUUUACGGAAACCUGAGGACCGUUGCGGGCAGGAUGAAGGAGCGGUUCUAG